UCAAAAUCAUGAGUGAUCCCGAGAAAACAAAAGUGAACACUGAGGAAAGAAUUAAUGAAAAUUCUGAUGAAAGUGAUUACCUCUGGAGCGAUGAAGAAGAAGAAGGGGAGAUGCGCGAAAUAGUUCUCGCCCUUCCCGCACUGAGUCUUAGUGAUGUGGAUCAGGUAACCCGUCAAAAAGCCGUCGCUGCGGCUGACUUAUUGAUUGCUGCCGCUCAAGAAGCGGCGGUGACAAAAGACAACAUGGAACAAGAGGUUGGUGGAAGUGGUGGAACAGUUAAGAAGAAAAAGGCUCGUCGUCCAAGGACGGUUAUGUUGGACGACUUGGCAGAUGUGGCCGGCGCGUCCGGUUCUGAAGCCACCGUGUCUGCUGGAGAAGAAGAGCCGGCAAAGAAGCCUAGGAAGAAAGGUUCUCCUAAGUUGAUCAACCCACCUGAAGGUCCUCCUAAAUGUAACGUUUGCGGGAGAAGUUUUCUUUCUUGGAAAGCCGUCUUCGGCCACUUACGGGCUCAUAGAGACCGUGGUUACUCUGGCUUCUUACCUCCCCCCACAUUUAAUGCGGCCGUGGAAGCAUCUGGCGGGGAUGUUGCUGCUUCUUGCGGUGGUGGAGGGUUUGGUUUAGGCACUGGGGGAUUGAAAAUCGAUUUGAACGCUGACCCAAUCGAUGAGGAGGAGGAGGAAUGUGGAACUACUACUCCAAAGUUUGAUCUCAACAGGUCACCACCACAAGAUGAAGAAGAUGCAAAAGAGGACAAAGCCGAGUGAAGGCUCUGCGUGACCUAAAACAUUUGAAUUUUCUAUUUUCUUGCUUAAUUUAAGGUUCUGCAUGCAAACAUUAUUCUUCCUUGUCCACAUUGUUUUCUUCGGUUUGUUUCGUUGAAGUACACAAUAACUACAUUCGUAUGGAUUU